GUAGGAGAAAUCAGUUCAUCGUAGCAUUUCGAUGCAGGUUUAUUCGCGCGCUUCUGCGCGACGAAGUUCGUCCUCUGCAGUUCCCAUGUCCUGCAAGACCAUCUAUCUCGCAAGUAUCGUCGAAGAAAAAUAGCGGAUCUGUUAGCCGUACACGAUCAUACACGAUGCCUUGCAAUUGCCGCAACGAUCGUCAUUCGACUUCAUAACCCCAUGAUUGAAAACCGUGCGAGAAAUUUCAAAGUCCUACGAAUGACAACGUGAAAUUUCGGACAAUGCCUUGGCAAAAUUAACUAGAUGAUUUGGAUGCAUCAACCAGUCUCGGACCAAGAUGCCUCUGCCAAAUAUUCUCAGGAAGGCAAGCAGUUACAUUUUAGGCGAUUGCAACCAGGACAAUCGUCGCACCAUAUACCAGGAUGGCGAGGCUCUAUUCUGUAAGAACAACGUCUGCGUUCAUCCGCCAACGUUGAUGAGACAAAACUCCGACGUGGUCCAUCACCCUGGAUACAUGGCCAUAACCUGCAGAUUUAACAAGAACUCGAACAUACCAACGCUCCAUCUCAGCUGGAUACCAAACAGCACGCUUCGUAAACAUCCGACGACGUUGGAGAACUUGAACGUGAGGAAACUCGAUUGUGCAACUCAUCGCGACGUCGAUAUCGGUUCCCAUCAUUCCCAGAUAUCGGAGGAGAGCUGUGAUAUUAAGUACGAUUAUGAACAUACCGGCGAUAAGGUCGACGUCUGUUUAGAGGUAAAGGAACCUGUGAAUUGCGGAGAUUGCGAGCGAGUUUGUUCCGGUGGAUUCUCGCGGAGUUCGCGGCUCGAGACUGAUAAUGGGAAGACGAAAAACGAUAACAGAGAGAACUCCGUGUUUACGUCGGAGACCAAAGAAACUUCGAAUAUCAAUGUUAUUCAACAAACGAACCAUCACCAGAUCGACAGUUCUCCGGCUACCAUACACGAAGAAAGCGAUCAUAGUAUUAGUUUGAAUCGUUUGCGUUCGGAAUCCUUAAGCUCGAAACAUGAGGAAAGCCGACAGCCUAAAGAUCAAAAGUCUAUCGAAAUACACGAAAACGAUGGAAAAAGCACCGAUGAGGAACUUAGAUAUCCGUAUUGCGAUGAUAUCAGUCUCAAGAGUCGUAGUAUGUCGUUAACUUCUACAUGCAGUCUGUCUGUUGGUGUAGCUUCUGAUGCUGAAGAGAUUCCAUCAUGGAUGAGAUCCCCUGAACUUCUUGCUUUGCAACAUAACCUUACAUUUCCUGAAAGUGCUACCGCUUCACCGGUGACAUUACGUAGAGCGCACAAAUGUAGAAGGUUUUCCGUCGAUCUCAGUGAAAUGAGAUCUUUGAGGUUAUUCUUCGCCGACCCAGCUUGUACUUCUGGUCAAUUAGUAGUCGCAAGUAGAGAAAGUCAAUAUAAGAUUCUACAUUUUCAUCAUGGUGGUUUAGACAGAUUAGCAGCAACUCUGCACCAAUGGCACCAACUGCUUUAUCCACGAUUAGAUACAGAUGUCGAAGAAACCCUCCCAUAUAGGCAUUUCAUGGUAUGUCGACCAGAGGUAAGUCGCGAUGAAUUACAUCCAGAGGAAGGACAAGUACCGAUGAUUACAUCAUUGGCUUGGAAGGACCUAUUGAAUGAAAGAGGUCAAGUAGAAGACGAUCUUGCCCUUCGUAAAGGAAUAUUCUUUGGUGGUUUGGAACCUGCAUUGAGAAAAAUUGUGUGGCCCUUUCUUCUUCAUUGUUAUUCAUAUCAAAGUACUUACGAUGACAGGGAACAGAUAGACGUCAUUCGUAGACAGGAAUAUGAAGAAAUACAAAAACGUAGAAUAAGCAUGAACCCAGAGCAGGCAGAGCAUUUUUGGCGAAAUGUGGUCUGCAUUGUUGAAAAAGAUGUUGUCCGUACUGAUAGAGGAAAUCCUUAUUAUGCAGGAGAAGAUAAUCCAAAUAUUGAAGUAAUGAAAAAUAUUCUACUGAAUUACGCAGUAUACAAUUCUCGAUUGGGGUAUACUCAAGGUAUGUCCGAUUUGUUGGCUCCAUUGUUGGCUGAGCUUAAUUCCGAAAUUGAAGCCUUUUGGUGCUUUGCUGGUUUAAUGCAAAGAUCUGUAGCUGUAUGCACGCCUACCGAUGUAGACAUGGAUAGAAAUCUGUGUUUUUUAAGGGAACUAGUUAGAAUAAUGGUACCAGACUUUUAUGCACAUCUUCAAAAACAUACAGAUGCCUUAGAACUUCUGUUUUGUCACAGAUGGAUACUUCUGUGUUUAAAACGAGAAUUCCCCACAGAGGUAGCAUUAGUAAUGUGGGAAGCUUGUUGGGUGAAUUAUUUAACAGAUCAUUUUCAUCUAUUUCUUUGCCUUGCUAUAAUGUGCGUUUAUGCAGACGAUGUAAUAGCACAAGAUCUUAGAACCGAUGAAAUGCUAUUGCAUUUCAGUUCCUUAGCUAUGUAUAUGGAUGGAAAUCUCAUAUUGAGAAAGGCAAGGGGCCUACUUCAUCAUUUUCGUCAGCUUGUUCGUUUACCAUGUACAUUAGCAGGACUUUGUCGCCAAUGCGGUCCAGGAAUGUGGGAUAGCACCCAUGAUCCUGUUAUAGAAUGCGUGGGUCAUGACGAUGCACCAUGCCCGUAUUUGAACAAUUAUUAAUAACGACCUAAUUUAACGAAAGUGGUAAAGACAUCCUAUUGUUGAAGCUUUUAAAUUAUUCUUACGUUAAAUAAUCAAAUUAAAUGCUACUCUUGCGUAAACUAAAUAAGUUAUAUAAGUCACAGUUGACUAAAUAUUGUAAGUAAUAACAGAAGUUGAUGAAAGUAAUAUUUGACUCAUAUACUGUUUGUAUGAAAACAUUUUUUAUUUAUUAUGGAAGAGAAAAAAUUAUACAUUUAAAUCAUGGUGAA